UCAAGCCAAACCCGCUGGCCUCCAAAACUCCCAACCCCGACGAUCUACCGCCACUCCGACGUCUCUGACAGCAGUCGACUAGACUCCCGCACAUCCAGCCUCCGAUUCGCCGACCCGACAUGUGCACGAGCGCGAUCUAUCACGACCAGAUCCCAGUUUCGUUGCCUGCUCCGACUCCGUCGGGAUGGAGCUCCAGCUGGAGAUUUGCCGUCUUCCUGCAUUGCCUGCGGACAGCAACAAGGCAGUGCGGGUUCCAGACUCUGUCAUGGAUGGAAAUCAUUCGCCUGCAUUUUCAUUGCUCCAGCGAAAUACGCUCACUGGUCCGACAGCCGGCGUACUCCACUCGUCGAUGCCGGCAGCAGCCACGGUUGAGGCCGAAGAUUCUUCCGUCGUUCAUGUCCUUUCCGCCCAGAAGAAAAUUUCCCAAAAUUUGGAAAUGGUUAUAGCAAUAGAAGAAAGAAACUUUGAAGAUGAUGAGGGACUAGAUAUUUUACUUGUUCAACAAGACAAUGAUGAAAGAAACGAAUCUGAUGGGAAAAUGGUAGAGGGGUCAAGAGAUUUAUGUGAGCAAACUGUAGCCCUUUCCCAUGAAUCAAGUUUCACUCCAAUUACAGAACCUGAGACCGAGACGAGCAGUUGCAACGACUUGGUUAUGGUCAAAGCUAAAGAUGAUUUUCAAUUGAUAGCUCAUAUUAAUGGUAAUAUGCAUAUUGAAGAAGAUAAAAAGGGGGUAGAAGUAAGUAACUACCCUUCAACUGUUGAAGGGAUUGAGGGGUUGAUCGAUGAAAUUCAAGGAACUGAGGGCUGCACUCAUGAGAACCCUGCAAUGAUUAUAGCGGUAGAAGAGAAAACUCAGUUGGAAGAAAAUCCUACUUGUGACCUUAAUGAUGUUAUUCAAGAAAAGAAGACAGAAGAAAACCUGUUAAUUGGAUUCAAAGAAAAUGUGGAAUCAUCUGAAGCUGAAGAGAAACUUAGAGAAAAUGAAGAAUGCCCCUUAACAGAAUCCCAAACAGUUGAAUUCUCCUUGGAACAUUAUAAUCUGAUGGCAUACAAAGAAAAUCCACUGAUUCAGUUCCAGGGAAUAGAGCCAAUUGUAAGAGAAGAGAAAGCAUGUUUAGACGAUAGAUUCCCUCUUUCCAUUGAACCGGGCCCUGAUCACUACACCUGCAUGGUUGAUCUGUUUGGCCGUGCAGAUCUCCUGCAAGAGGCAUUGAACUUGAUCAACUCCAGUCCGGAUGGCCCCCAUUCAGCAGCAUGGGAGGCUCUGCUCAGUGCUACUGGGCAACAUUCAAAUUGCAAUCUGGCAAAGUUUGCGUCUGCUAUACCCGAGACUUCAAUGGAGAGAAAAGUUGCUAAUUUCGAAAAUAUUGAGAACAAAAUCUUCGAUCCGGGAAUCUGUCUUCUGCAACAAUCUCUUUUUCAAUAAUGCGUCUCGACGGAGUCGAGCCUUUUUACGCUAGGGGAG